GUGUGAAAGACCGUGAGGUGUGUAACAUUUAUCACUGCAGAAAGUAAUCCAAAAACAUCGGAAAAUUGGCUUAUAAUUAAUUUUCAUAUGUGUUGUUAUUUUGAAUAGUGUCUAUUCUAAUAAUUUUGAAGUAUUAAGCGUUUUUUUUGCACAUAUCUUCAAGAUGGUGAAGAUUAUGAAAACAGGGAAAGUUGUAUUGGUCCUUAGUGGCCGAUAUGCUGGAAGAAAAGCUAUCGUAGUGCGUAAUUUUGAUGAUGGUACUACUGAAAAACAGUAUGGUCAUGCCAUGGUAGCAGGAAUUGACAGAUACCCACGAAAAGUACACAAAAGAAUGGGUAAAGCAAAAUUUCACAAGCGAUCUAAAAUCAAGCCUUUUGUAAAGAUUUUAAAUUAUAAUCAUUUGAUGCCAACAAGAUACACUGUAGAUUUGCAAUGGGAUAAGGUGACGCCUAAGGACCUUAAAGACCCAAUGAAGCGAAAGAAGGUCAGAUUCCAGACACGUGUUAAGUUUGAAGAAAAGUAUAAAUCUGGUAAAAACAAAUGGUUCUUCCAAAAAUUACGAUUCUAAUUAAUUUUAAAUAAAUAUAAAAUAUACAAAUA